CAAUCCAAUUACAACUAGGGUUUUAGGGACAGAGACACGCAGACGCAAACCCAAACCAACCAAAACGCUACUCCAACGUUGUGGAGAACCGAGGAUGGACAAGAGCAUGCUCGGAGAUCUCGAUUCUCUUCCCGAGGAAGACAAGUUAAGGAUGUCCUCCAUGAUCGACCAGCUUCAGAUCCGUGACAGUUUAAGGAUGUACAAUUCACUGGUGGAGAGAUGUUUCACUGAUUGUGUGGACACCUUCAGGCGCAAAUCCCUUGAUAAACAAGAGGAGACCUGUGUCCGCCGGUGUGCUGAGAAGUUCCUGAAGCACUCUAUGCGUGUUGGCAUGAGAUUUGCGGAGCUCAACCAAGGUGCGGCCACACCAGAUUAAGGUCUAUCCAAUACUUUUGGUAGCAAACUUUGUAACACCCGGAAAUGGUUCAUGCGGAGAAUAUUUCUUUUAGAUAGUGAAUUAUUGUCCAGAUUGUGUUAUGCCCUCAUUUCAGAAGUAUAAGAUUUUUGGUAUCUGAUAAGUUCUGCAGUUUACAAGAGAUCUAAUAAGUUUGGAUCGUCAUACCUUCUUGUUUAAUGUACUCGGGAUGAAACUGAAAAUAUGUUCUGGAUUCAUUGCUACUUGGAUUUUGUUAAAAUAUUCACAAGAAUUUAUGUGAGGUGUGCUGGUUUUAUUAA